AUGAGUGCAAAUACCAUGUCAAGAAAUAAGGAAAACCUUGUAAACAUGUGUGAUGAGAGGGCUCGUAUGCUACAGGAUCAGUUUAAUGUCAGUAUGAAUCAUGUGCAUGCACUUGCUAUUCUUGUCUCAACAUUCCAUCAUGGGAAACGACCGUCUGCCAUUGAUCAGGUUUCUUUUUGCAUCAGAUAAAACAGUUCAUCUUAUCAUUUAUUGCAAGCUAUAGGCAUUUUCAAUGUUGUAGUUUUAAUUCUCCAGAGGGUUGCCGAAUAUUACUAUUUUCAUCCCAGUUAGCUUUUAAAACGUCGCCCAAAUAUCUGUUUCCUUGUUUGUAGCGUUUAAAUUUUCCAUAAGAUAUUAUUUUGUUGAAAAUCUCUUUUUUUUUUCACUUUUUGAGGGUGGAAAUAAGAAUUAGCUUCACAAUAUGACCUGUGUGUUCAGUUGUUAAUGGAUCACAAGGUGAAUGGUAAAUACUGCCCACGGGUCUAAUUUUGUUCCAAUGUAUUUUGGCAGAAAACAUUCGCGGAGUAUACAGCAAGAACGGCAUUUGAAAGGCCACUGACAAGUGGUGUUGCAUAUGCAUUAAGAGUAGUGCAUUCGGAAAGAGAGCUGUUUGAGAAGCAGCAUGGAUGGACGAUAAAGAAGAUGGAGACAGAGGAUCAAUCUCCCGUGCGGAAUGAGUACAUGACCGAGAGACUUGACCCGUCACCUAUUCAAGAUGAAUAUGCACCUGUCAUAUUCUCCCAAGAAACUGUCGCUCACAUCGUCUCCAUUGAUAUGAUGUCCGGAAAGGUGAAGUAUUUUUUUCCUCUGGAGAUUUUUUUGUUGUUUCUUACGGAUGUUCUAGUCUAUUGUUGCCGGAUUUUGAACUCACUCUACAAUGCACAUGGAGUUUUUGGUUCAGGAGUAUCCUCUGGAUCCAUGAUACAGAGAUUUAAUGCAAAAUCAUCUUAGAUGAUGGGGAUGCUUUAAUUUAAUUUAGUUCUUGAGCUCUCAUCAUUGCUUUAUGGAAGUUUCUGCAGUUGCAGAAAAGUUUCUUUUAAUGUUGUAAAUUACACCUGGUGAAAAUUUUCGCCCUUUUGGACCAAAGGCUUGUUCAUUUUCUUGCUUCUCUCUCUGCACAAAAACUAAAGGUCAAGGGGAAGAAAGAAAAUAUCUUCGUCAUGCAUUCUUUUGAAAGCAUGUUGUACAUGCAAAAGGCAACCCACGUACGUAGACCACCACCUGCUUCGUUUCCUUGAAUGUGCCUUCAUAGGGCUUCUAUUCACCUCGCCCAUGCACUAAAAAUCGUACCUUUAUGCCCGGACGUAUAUCUGUUCUUUACUUUGUCAUUCCAUUUAAAUACACUAGAGGUUUAGUUUAAACUUACUUCAGUUUCUGCCACUUUAUGUAGGAGGAUCGUGAGAACAUCUUGCGUGCAAGGGCAACGGGGAAGGGGGUUUUGACCUCCCCUUUCAAGCUUCUAAAAUCCAACCACUUAGGUGUGGUGCUAACAUUUGCUGUAUAUAACAGAGACUUACCUUCAGACGCUACCCCUGAUGAGCGCAUUAAAGCCACAGUAGGGUGGGUGUUCCUAUACUUGCUUGAAGCUUUAUAAUUUUAUACCGAAACUCUUUGCAUUGAAGUGGAAUCUCAAAGGAUUAAAGAGCUAAUCUCAGGAAAUACGUUUUGGUAGGUACCUUGGUGCGUCUUUUGAUGUGCCAUCUUUGGUAGAGAAGCUUCUUCAUCAACUUGCUAGCAAGCAGACAAUUGUUGUUAAUGUCUAUGAUACAACUAAUAGCUCCUAUCCUAUGAGGAUGUAUGGGCCCAAUGCCACUGACACAGGCCUGUUGCAUGUCAGCCAUCUGGACUUUGGAGAUCCAUUGCGAAAGCACGAAAUGCAUUGCAGGUACUCCUAUCCAUCGGCAGCAGAACACAAUGGUUUCCCAUCGGUUGUUUACGGAUUUGCUUUAUAGCGAUCUCUAUUUUAUAGCGAUCAGUGCCUAGUUGAGUACACUAGCAAUGGAACACCGCAGAAAAUCUUCACAGGAAUCCAGAUAAAAAGUGAUAGGCUCAUCUGUUUGGUCUUCAUUUGUGAGUUUGUUUGCCGUCUUCUUGCCAUCAUGUUUUAUGUGAGAUGCUUCAUAGUUAUGAAGGCCUCUGAAAAUAUUCAUCCCUUACAAAAUGGAAGUUCAAAUGACUAAUAAGUUGUAAAAGACUUUGUCAUCCUUUCUGCCCAUGGCACUCACGGACUUCAGGUGCUCAAUCAUCCUGGUAAUUUCCUGAUUAUGAACCCCAAGUGAUUGAUGACAUGAAUUUUCUCUGACCUUAAAAAUAGCGAAGGGGCUGCAUCCUCCACAAGGACGUCGCAUUAUCAGGAGGCAUAUGUUCGCUAUUCACCUCAAGUUUAGCUAUAAUGCACCAUAUUUGCUACUAUUGCACGUUGUGGCUUAUGCAUUAUCACUCUUUCUUCUAGGAAUCAUUUUUUUUAAUCUACCUUACCUCUAUUACUGCGCUCCACAGAGCUGAUAUAACGGGCAGUUUCUUAAGUUUCAUUUUUCUUCUUUCAUUUGAACCUCAGAUUCAAACAGAAACUCCCACCACCAUGGUCCGCAGUAACAACAUCAACAGGAGUUCUUGUGAUUGUCUUGCUUCUUGGGCACAUAUUUUAUGCAGCAAUAAACCGUAUUGAGAAGGUGGAGGAUGAUUAUCAUGAAAUGAGGGAGCUGAAAGGGCGAGCAGAAGCUGCCGAUAUAGCAAAGUCUCAGGUUCUUCCUUUUCUCAUAUCAUUGUAGUUAAUGGGUAUAUGUUCAUUAGGAAAAUCACUCGGAUUAUCCAAAAAGGCCUACCUGAGUUAGAGGAUGAGUGAUAUGUGACAGUUUCACAUCAGUUGGGAAUCGGUCAAAGGUUAUUUAGAUGACCUGUUUGACUCCUACGAUUGAUUCUGAUUUUAAGUUGGGGUAGCUCAGUUCAACGAAAUCAGGAACCAUUUCGUUUGCUACAGAUGGUCUUAUUUUACAUCUCAUAUGAUAAUUUUGAUUGUUGCUCUUGCAGUUUCUAGCAACCGUAUCACAUGAAAUCCGGACUCCAAUGAAUGGCGUACUAGGUCAGUUGUAUGGUUUACUCGAGAGAUUUAUAAAGUCUCUCUAUCAUUUAGUUUUAUUUAAAAUUUCGUUGGCUUCAGAAGUCUUUCCUUGGUCUCUGUAAGUCAAAUCUGCAAUCUAUCUCCAGAAAAUUAAUUGUCAAACAUGUGGCCAUUUUCUAGGAAUGCUUCAAAUGCUGAUGGACACAGAUCUUGAUGCAACACAGCAAGACUAUGCAAUGACUGCCCAGGACAGCGGGAAGGCUUUAAUAGCCCUGAUAAAUGAGGUCCUUGAUCAGGCAAAGAUAGAAUCAGGCAGGCUUGAGCUUGAGGCCGUUCCUUUUGACGUUCGUGCAGUCCUGGAUAGUGUGCUAUCACUUUUCUCUGAUAAGUCACUUGAGAAGGGAAUAGAGGUAAAUAAAGGAUAUUCCUUUCUUAUGAUAAAUUAAUGAGCCCAGAUGGAAAUUUCAGAUUUUUGGUCCUCAUGAAUUUUCUAGUUUUGUGCAAGUAGUGGCUGAGGAAUUGUGAUUAGAAAAGCUCGGAAGGAGGGCGAGAAUAGGAAUCUAUCUAUUCGGAUGUUAGCUUAUUUAUUUAUUUAUUUAUUUAUUUGUGCUCUUUCUGUUUUAUUUUUCAUCUGGGCGACAAAAGUUGGCGGUGUAUGUGUCGGAUGGGGUACCAGAAGUCAUCGUUGGGGACCCAGGGAGAUUUCGACAGAUCAUCACAAAUCUUGUGGGAAAUUCAAUAAAGGUAAGCCAGUAAAUUGAUUGAUUGUUUCAUUUCUUUCUUUUCUUUGUGUCUCAUAUCCUUGCAUAAUUGAGGGGUAUUUCCUUCUCACAAUCCAAGUACUUAUCGGCACCAGAAAGAAUAAUAUUGGGAACCAAUAUCAUCCAUGAUCCUCUGGUUAAUCAUCAGAAUCUUUGCACUUGCAUGCCCAGUCUCCGUACUGAAUGUAACCUUGCAAACCUUGUGGACUCGGAUUGCGCACAGAUCAGAGUCAGAGUGGCGACACUCUGUUCAAAAAAGUUGCCUUCUUGCUUCUUCUUUUUUUUGCGACAUUUAGGUGGCUCUGUCAUGAGUUCUAAUUUGGCAUGAUUUCUAGUAAGUUCUUCAUCAAUGUAUCCUACUAGAAGAGGAAAAUUAUCGCGGUUGAGGGUGAAAAGCAGAGAAUUGUCUGAUUGGGGGGGAAAGAAAGACUAAUAUGAUCGUUCAUGAAGUUGAUUGCUUCUAUUUUUCAGUUCCUGCUAAUAAUUGAGUUGUCAUUCUACUGAUUUAUGCCGGUUUAGCGCGGCCACCGUAGAAAGGCUAUAAUUAAAAUCGUUAACUACUCAUCAUGCCGAAAUCAUAUUUCGGCUUCCUGGUUGAACCCAUAAUUAGUCUAUAAUCUCCUUUUUAUCGGUCCCAUUAUUUUAUUUCGAAUAUAUUGAGGACAAUUCUGUCUCAUAAACCAUGCGCAGUUCACAGAGAAAGGACACAUUUUUGUCUCGCUGCAUCUGGCGGAAGAAGUAAAGAGCACCUGCAACGACGGCAGCCAAGCACUGAGGAGGAAUACAGCCCCAGUUGAGAAUGGCGCAGGUGGGACCCACAACACCUUGAGCGGUUUCCACGUCGUUGACCGAUGGAGGAUCUGGGAAAACUUCAAGAUGGUCAACUCUUCGUCGGACGCGGUCGACGCAGUCAACCUGCUGGUGACGGUCGAAGAUACGGGCGUUGGGAUACCAUCCGAAGCACAGAGCCGCGUGUUCAUGCCGUUCAUGCAAGCCGACAGCUCUACUUCCCGGACCUACGGAGGGACCGGCAUCGGUCUGAGCAUAAGCAAAUGCCUGGUGCACCUCAUGGGCGGGGAAAUAGGGUUUGUGAGCGAGUCGGGCGUCGGCAGCGCCUUCACCUUCACCGCCGUGUUCAGGGAAGGGUAUCGAAAUUCGGCCGAUCUAAAGAGGCACCCAUCUAACAACCCCGAAUUUCGAGGAAUGAGCGCGCUGGUGGUAGAUGGGAGGAGCGUCCGGGCCGAGGUGACCAAGUACCAUUUGCAGAGGCUUGGGAUAAAAGCCGACAUCAUGAUCAGCCCUGCAUCUUUGUUCUCCUUCAUAUCCAAUGCUUGGAGACCCAGGUAAGCAAGUUUCAGAUUUACAGCUUGUUCCUGAACGGUGAUUAUUUGUUGAACAUCCGUCGUUCUCUUCCAUUUUAAUUUUGUCGGGUGUUUUUAGAAACAUGCUAAGAUGAUGCCUUUUUUCUUCUUUUUUUUGUAAUCUGCUGUCGGGCUCAGUUCGCCGGAGCACAUCGACAUGGUGCUCGUGGACGAGGAGACCUGGAACAGCAGCUCUGACCCAGAAUCUUCCCAGCUCCUCAGGGAGCUCCGACGCCACGAGAAGACACAUCCCGCCGAAAAGCGGCGCCUCAAGAUCUUCAUCUUGGCAACGUCUCGCCGGCACGCCGAGAUCGACGAGCUCCAGUUGGCGGGGCAUGUCGACGGCGUGAUGCUGAAACCGCUCCGCCUGAGCAUGAUGUCAGCAUGCCUCCACAAGGCCCUGGGCGUGGGGAGCAAGAGGGAGCAGAGCAGUGGUCAAAGGCCCCCGGCCCUGAGGAGCAUACUCAACGGGAGGCACAUCCUCGUCGUUGACGACAACGCGGUCAACCGGAAGGUGGCGGCUGGAGCCCUGAAGAAGUUUGGGGCCAAGGUCACCUGUGCGGACAGCGGGAAGGCGGCGGUGGAGAUGCUCCGGCCGCCUCACAAUUUCGACGCAUGCUUCAUGGAUGUUCAGAUGCCGGAGAUGGAUGGGUACGCCGUGAAGAUUCCCCCGGUUUGCUUGGUCAAGGGCCUUCCUGAAUUGGAAUCCUCCAAAAUCUCUGCAGGUUCGAAGCCACCACCCUGGUCCGGUCCAUAGAGAGCAGAGUCAACGAGGAGAUCAGAUUCGGGGAGACGAAGAAGGAGAUGUAUGGGAAUGUGGCUCACUGGCACGUCCCCAUACUGGCCAUGACGGCCGACGUGAUCCAGGCGACGCAUGUCGAGUGCGCGCGGUGUGGAAUGGACGACUACGUGUCGAAGCCCUUCGAAGAGGAGCAGCUCUACUCCGCCGUGGCCCGUUUCUUUGAGUAUGAUAAGAUGAUGGCGGAGCGAGACCUGUAG